AUGUCGCGCCCUCUGAAGCAUAGAGAAAUAGCAUGCGCUCGCUGUUUCCGACACAAGCGGAAAUGUGAUCAUGCCAAACCUUCAUGUGGCGAAUGUCGUCGCAAGGGUGCUGAAUGCUUGCCUGCUCGGUCUCGGAAAGCGGGAGAUAACAUCACAAUCCCUUUGGAAUACUUGAAACAGCUCGAGAAACGGGUUGCGGAGCUGGAUCGUAAGUCCAGUGCCACAGAAACAACCGUGGAGACAUGUGAUGUUGGAACCCAGACGGAUUGUGAAGAUCCAGAACAUGAGCGUAAUGGUCUACGCAAUGACUCGGACUAUCUGAUGGUUGAUCAGAAUAGUAGCGGCGCAGAAAAUGACGGUUCUCUCAUACUUCUAUCAGGUUUGCAACACAGCAGCCAGAGAUCACCUCGAACAUCCCCACCAUCCUUCUCGCCUGGCGCAUUCUCUUUAUUCCCGGAGACAACUUUCGACGUUCCAUGGAUUGACUUGGCACCUUCAUAUCCUUUGACUGAAGAUGACUCUCCUUGGCUGAAAGAGCUCUACACAAAUGUGUAUUUCUCCGUGACUCACCGCGAAUGGCCCUUCUUGAACGAAGCAGCUUGGAAAUCAUGGCAUGCUGAAGCAAUCCUGGAUGGCCAGGAUGAAUGGAAAGCCUUUUUUCUGCAGAUGGUAUAUGCUAUCGGUUCAUCCCUUUGCAGUAUUUUACAGCGAGACGCCUCGCACUCCGUCCGGUCAAAGGAGUAUUAUGCCUCGGCCAUGAGAUAUUAUCCAUAUGUUGUGGGGCAUCCAUCUAUGGUCUUGCAGAUCCAAGCUUCGCUGUUCAUGAUACUCUAUGCUUUGCAUUCUCCUUCUUCCGAGGAUAUUACAACGAUUGUCUCUUCUGUGUUACCUUUCUGUACAGCUGCCAUGACAGAGAUUCGGAAGCAUGUAUCGAUAUGCCGCGACAAUGGGUCCAUGACUGAGUCUAGUGAAGUUUUGUCUGAGAACAUGUUCAUUACUUGCUAUAUGCUCAACGAGGUCAUUGUCUCCGGGUGGGAUCGACCGGUAUCAGCUGCCUACAAGGUUGUUGACGAUGAUAUGUGCACUCUGGGAGAUAACCUCCAACCAACCCUAAGCACAAACCCCGCCAUAAGCCACUUGUUCCGACUACGUAAGAUCCAAGCCAACAUCAGAAGAUCACGGGAGAACCGGGCUCGCCAUCCCUCUGCAAGAUAUGGUAAAGACUAUAGCUCCUCAUUUAAGUCCACCCUUGAUAGAUGGCGACAAGAGAUUCCACACUAUGAAUCAGACAAUGACCAGCACGGUUAUCUCCAUCCUAUAUGGAUGCGAAAGCUUUAUGUUUACAGUCUCUUGAUUUUGAUAGACGAGAAACGCGAUUUCAUUGAGAUGGACGGAACAGAAGAAAUCCUCGCGACGAUUGCGGAAGUUUGUCUCAAUUUCCGGCUCUUACAAGAGGAAGGACAUGUGAUGUGCUUUACCUGGUCUGCACUUGUAUUCCAAUUCCGAGCAGGAAUCAUGAUGCUUUACAUUGUCUGGGCGACAACUCAUAUCACUGAUCUUCAGGAUCAACAGCGCAUCAGACUGAACAACCAACAGGCCAUUGCUACAUGUGCAGCUAAUCUGGCUGGCUUUGUCGACCGGUGGAAUGAUGUAACGCCGUAUAUGAAGGUGUUCGAGUUCAUACGACAGAAAAUCAUGUGGAAUUCUGGUACAUUUGGAGUUAAUUCCAGUGCUCCGAUAUCACUAGAAGAGGCUGAAUUGAACUUGGAGCAACUGAGGAGGAAUUAUUUGCACCGGGCUGUCUUGGGAAUGAUUGAAGAUAUGAUGUAUGGGAGGAGUAUACAUCAAGACUUGUUAGAGGAUGAUUUUAAAUAA